AUGGCUGGAGUUUAUAGAGAGUCGACCCGAGUUUACCGGGAUCCGACCGACUACUCAUCCGACGAAGACCGUUACAAGUCCUCUACUGUGCGUCGUUACAAGGUCGGUCCCAGACGUGUUGACACCAUCGAGCGCACGGAGCGAGUCGAAAUCGACGACGAUCGCCGAUCACGCUAUUCCGGCUACCCGCUGCGCAGCUCCGGCGAAUUUGCCUAUGCUCCCGAGCGUCCCCGCUCCGCUUUUGACUCCCGGAGCCAGGUGAUUGAGCGCGAGCGCGAGCGCGACGUCGACCCCUACAGAAGCGAAACCCGCAGCGUCGUCUCCCAAAUUAACUACGAGCGCGAACGUGACCGUGACCGCGGUCGAUUUGACGACGCUCGUUACGACGAAGUCCGUAGUGCUGUCGACAACCGAAGUGUCAUCGAGGUUGAGCGCGAGCGGGUUGACUGGGACCGCCGCUCCAGAGGAACCUCCCACCACCACCACCACCACCACCACCAUCAUGAGCCCGAGACAGAAGUCCGCGUCGACAAGCGUGUCGAGCAUCGCGAGGAUGGCGACGUCAAGGUUGAAAAGCGUGUCGAGGAAUACAGGGACGACCAUGGCGGCGCGGAGGUCGAGAAAUAUCGUAAGGAGACCGAGUACUACUCUCCCAUCAGCCCUCCGCCUGUUCCCCAGCCUGUCAUCAUCCGCCAGCAGGCUCCCGAACCUCAGCAGAUCAUUGUCCAGGAGGCGCCCCCACCUGCUCCCAUCAUUGUCCCUCGCCAAGAACCUGGCAUUGUCGUGCUGAGGGAGCGUGAGUCUCCCCGUGAAAUGGUUCGUCGCGAGCCCCGCGAGGACGAGUACUACUACCGCCGAGAGACCAAAGACAUCGGCCCUUACCACCGGGACGAACGUGAAUAUCAUUACGACCGCCGAGGCCGUGAGCGCGACUACAUCAGCGACGAUGAAGACUACUAUAUCAAGCGAACCGUCAUCCGCCGGAACAGAAGCUCCAGUUCCGACCACCACCACAAGCGCCAUCUUGCCGAGGGAGCCCUUGCCGGUGCCGGCCUUGCAGCGCUAGCCGCGAGUCGCAGAGACGGCCGUGGCGAGAUCCCCGCCAACCGCGGGAGCAAAGUCCUCGCCGGCGCUGCCAUCGGUGGCUUGGGCACCGAGAUUCUUAGGAGAGCCCGCAGCGCAUACGAAGAGUCAUAUCACGACGAUCACUACAGGUCUCGCUCGAGAUCCCGCAGCCGCAGCUCCAGGAUCAAGACUGGCCUUGGCAUUGCCGCCGCAGCCCUUGCCGUAGCAGGCGCGGCCAAAUAUUACCAAAGCGGCAAAAUCGAAAAGGAAGAGAUGCGCCGCGGUCGGAGCAGGAACAGAAGCUACUCUGUCUCGAGCUACUCUGUGUCCCGGUCUCGCAGCCGUAGCCGCAAGAGCCGCAAGAGCAAGAGCCGCAGCCGGUCCGUUGCCAAGGCUGCAGCUGCAACUGCUGCCGCCGCAGGUUUGGUGAAGCACUUCCGCGACAGGUCCAAGUCCAAGUCUAGGAGCCGUUCACGGUCCAAGUCCCGCCUAAGGACCGGAGCGGAGGUGGUUGCUGCCGGCUUGGCUGGAGGCGUGGCCAGUAAGAUUUAUAAAAACCGCAAGGACAAGAAAGAGCGCGAACUAGAUCGCGAACUCAGCGAUGAUGAGUAUGAGGAAGAAGCCAGGCGGGAACGGCGUGAACACCGUCGGUCGCGCAGCAGGUCUCAGGCCCGUUCUCUACAUCCCGAGCCGCACAGCGCUGAUUCCGAGCUAGGCUUAGUUGAGUACGGGACUUCACCGCUGCCGACCGACCCGCCGUACCCUCCAGAUGAUGGGUAUGAGUCUGCAGCGAACGAGGGGCGGCGCCGUCGACACCGACGUAUGUCAGCCGAUGAUUACGAUGACCGCGAGCCAGCGAAGAAGAGGAGCAAGAGUCGGCUGAGAGACAUGGCAGCAGCAGCAGUUGGGACAGGAGCCGCCGCUAUCGGGCUGAAGCAGUACCAGAAGAAGAAGGAGAGAGAGGAGGACGAGGAGGAGAACCUCAGGUCGAGGGAGCGAAGCGCCAGAUCUCGCUCCAGAGACAGAUCCGUCUCGCGCCCCCGAGCACACUCGCGAGACCGGGCAUACAGCAGAGAACGAAGCACAGAUCGGCCGAUAAAUCGGGACCGCGAAAGGGACCGCAGGAGGUAUGAAGAAGGCGUCCGGGACGAUGAGUACUACACCGAUUACAGCCGUCCGCCGUCGCCGCCUCAUGCGUCAGGUGGUUCUUACUAUCCGCCACCGCCGGCCGCCGCUGCGGGCUUCACUCAAUAUCCCAACAUCUCGACCGCCAACUUGAGGGAGCAGUACCCGCCGUAUCCCCAAGACUAUCCCCCAGGACCGCCGCCAAUGGGGCCUUCUCCGCCUAUGGCCACCGGCGGUGCUGGGGGAUACCCCCCUCCCCCGGCCGGCGGUCCUCCCCCAUCAGGGGGUCUGCCACCGGGGACGAGGUUCGGUCCUGAUCAUGUGAGUGAUGACAUAUCUCGUAGCGCCUCACCACAAGAUGCCCAGCCAGUUGGUCUGGGCCGUGAGGAUGGUCUGAAAUGGAGAGAGCGUGUUAAACAGUUUCUGCCGCCAAAUUCACUGUCCCGGCCUCAGUCUCAGCCCCAGCCUCGACCCCGGCCUCGGUCCUCUCCGUCGUCUUCGGAAUCAAGCUCUGUGUCUGGAAAACGCGACCAGGUGCCGCGUCACUCAUCUUCCAAAUCCGUCACCUUCAUUCCACUUUCCCCUCAAUCAUCGCAAACUCUGCGUCGUCAUCGUCUAGAACAUGAGCAACUUGCAGAGCAAGAGGUCAAGAGGGAAGAAGAACCAGCUGCGCUCAGUGAAGAGCAACUGGAAAGUCUGCGGCCUGUUCUCAACCGCCGACGAUCCUCGUCAGACCCUUCUUCUAGCAGGCCGCUAGCCGCUCGUCGCAAGCGAGAAUUGGACUCUCCUGAAUCAAGUGACGAGGUCGAGGUCUUACCUGAUCGAUUUGACUCCGAGGGCCGCCCCCUUGGCAGUGCGGGAACCCUGCGGUUGAGGCAAGGCGCUUUCGAAACCCGACCGCGGCACGGCAACGGCUGGCACUCGAGCGGGGCGUGGGCUGUCGGCGGUACAGACGAAGAUAUGGUGCAAAGAGUUGCAGGCGAUAUUGAAAACAUGAUUAGCGGGCAAGGUAGCUGGAAAAGUCUGUUGAAGGAUGUUGUCGGAAUUGUCCAGGAGGUGCAACAAGGUGGGCAGUCGCGCAGGAUUGAGGAUACGGACGAAGAGGAGGACCGUCACGGUCGGCAACGGAGGAGGAGAAGAAGUAACUGA